UUACCUGUGUGGACAACAUGUUAUCUAACCUGUUUUGAGAUUUUAUCCGUGUGCAUUACAUCGUCAGAAUGAAUCCUUGGGCCACCACCACCGCCCCAACAGAGGAACUGGUUCUCCACCCUGCCCACGUCACCGCCUUCCUCUCCAAAGAACUCCGGAAGAAGGCGAAAGAAGCAGAAAAAGCAACAGAGAAUGCGAGGAGACGAGCGUAUGUUGUAAAGGAGAGGAACUACGAGACAUAUAACCACAUUAAGGGUAAGACGGCAGAAGGCGUUGAAGGUGGUGACAAAGACGACACCCUCUCGAGCAUCUUGGUCAGGGCGAUGGAACGCAAGACAAAGAGAAAAGAGAUGGACGAGGCGAUGAAAAUAAAAAAACUCGAAGACAUAAAACGUAAAUUGGAGGAAGAGAAAAGACAGUGUGAGGAAGCCAGAAGGACACAGAAUGAGAAACUAAUAGAGAUGAGAGAGACGUUUAAGCUCCGGGUUAUGAGGGAGCAGCGGUGGCGGGCGAAGGAGGCGAGGCAGGCCAAACACAACAGACUGGCGGAUGAUUUUCGGAAACAUAAGCUCUUGUAUAAUUAUUUUAACCGCUUUAAGAUACUCGUAGUGAUGAGUCGAGACAACAGAGACAAGGCCAAGAACCACUACCAGGUGAAGAUCAUGCGGAAGGCGCUGACCCAGCUUAUAAUCCACCGAGAUAAAGAACAGCACUGGAGAGAAAACUUGGCUGCUAAUUUCUACAACGUGUGUGUCGUCCAUAAAUUGUUCAACAAGUGGAGAGAGGACAUGAGGAUACGGAAGGAGCAGCUACUUAGGGCAGAGAAACAUCAUCGUCAGCGUCUCCUGCGGCAGUAUUUAUGGACGUGGCGGUGGGUUGCGCUAGACCAGUUCCUGCAGCGUCGGGCCCACACUGACCUGGCUACUCAGCACUACCAAAGGAAGGUCCUCCAGCGGGGUAUAAGGAGGUGGAGGCGGUACGUGCAGGAAAAGGGAACGAGGAGGCAGCAGGAAGUGGUGGCAACACGUCUUCGCUUUCUCGUCAAGGGCAUCAUUCCGGAUUUCUCUCCUUCGUCGUCCUCUUCUGACGAUGACGAUGACGAUGACGAUGAAGCACGUAGGAGAGAUGAUAGAUGGAAGGACAUACUAUCGGUGAUGACUGUUUGAGAAGUCCUCUUAUUCUAUCUAUCUAUCUAUCUAUCUAUCUACCUUAAUUCACAAGAGUCUCAGUGCUAAAUUGACGCCAUUUUGUACCUGUAAUAAUAGUAUCUUAAUUAAAGGCCUUAACUAUGUAUAAUAAAGUCUCAGAGCUAAACAGACGCCAUUUUAGCCUCUACAAAAACAGACAAUGAAAAAUAAUACAAAAAUUGGCUUCUCACUCAUCCGUACCUAGAAAUUCCAAUCUCUUCCCUUAAUAAAUAUAAACCUAU